CGAUGUUUUGCUGCAGCAGCGGAGGCUCGGAGCCGCUCUGCGGGUCUAGAACCGACAUGCUGCGGUCCGUCGUCACCGAGAAGCUGACCACGGCCGCGCGGGAGAUCUUCACGGCCGUGGAGAAGGUCGUCACCGACUACGAGGUGGAGGCUUCGGGCUUCAGGCAGCAGCUCGAGCACCAGAAGAGGCAGCUGGAGCUCCUGCAGCUUCGGGUCAAACCAAACAAAGGAGCGCUGGUCCCAGAUCUGUACAGCCAUGAGGUGGUGGUGGUGAGCGAGGAAGAGGAGCAGCAGCAGCAGCUGACUCAACAGCCAGGUGAGGAGGAAGCCGAGUGUCAGGACCCUCCACCUUGGACCAGCGAUGAUGAGGAAGGUGGAAAAGAUAAACCGCUCACAGCGACCUCCAGACCAAACCAAGAUGACCCGAAGGACCCAGACGGUCAGAUCCCACCCAGUGUAUCGACUCUUUCUUACAUCCUGCGGUUCCGUAGCGGCGGCGGCGACUCCGGGUCCAAGACCGACUCGCUGAGGGCCGUCAUCAACGAGAAGCUGACCAUAGCCACCUGGGAGAUCCUGGCGGUGGUGGAGAGCGAGGCGGAGGCUUCGGGCCUCAGGCAGCAGGUGGACCGCCAGAGGAGGCAGCUGGAGCUCCUGCAGCCUCGGGUCACACUCCUCAGAGAAGAUCAGCGCAGCCAUGAGGUGGUGGCUGCUGGUGAGGAAGAGGAGCAGCCAGGUGAGGAGGAAGCAGCAGAGAGCCUGGACCUGCCGCCUGUGACCACCAAGGAGGAAGAGGAGGAGGAGGGGAAACCGCUCAAGUCCAUCUUCAGACCGAGUCAGAAAGACCUGGAUGACCCGGACUACGACCCCAACCAUGACACCCCGUCGAGGUCGGGCUCCUCCAGACUCCACCCCGUCAGGAAGAGGCCCGGCAGACCCCGAAUCAGUGAUCGGCAGAACCAUCUGAACCUGAGGAUCUGGUUGCUGGAGGACCCGCGGAUCGAGGUGCUCUGCAAGGCCGUCUACAAAAGGAGUCCAGUCCAGAGUCUGAAGUGUCCUCGGGAUCUGCAGGAGUCGGACUUCCUGGACCUGCUGAGGUCCACCUUCCCUCAGCUGGAGGACGGAGAACCUUUUGACAUCUUCAUGACGGACCAGAGCAGAAGGCUGCUGCCCCUGAGGGUCAAAGCCCUGACUCCAGAGGAGAUCUACUCCACCAUCAGGUCCACGGGGAAGCUGUCCAUCUACAUCCGUCUCAAGAAAGGAGACGACGGUCCAUCUUCGGACUCUUCGGUUCUGCAGAAGGAUGCGGCUGGACCCGACCCCAGCUCGACAUCAGAAGUGCCGGAGACCCCGGAGGCUGGAGCAGAGAGAGACGUGGACUCCAGCAACGACGGGAACCCUGAAGAGCAGAAGCUCCAACCACCCCAGAAGAAAAGGGCUAAAAGUGGCGUGAAGAAGAGCGAGGACACUAAAACGGCCUGCAAGGUGUGUGGAGUCUGGUACAGGUUCCUCGGGAGUCUGAUCAAACACACCUGGAGUCACGUGGAGGAGCAGCGGGACGUGUGUGGAGUCUGCGGAGACAAGUCAGAGUCCGUGGAGGAGCUAAAGGAGCACCUGAAAAAUCACCAGCCGGUCCACAGCUGCUCCCACUGUCCCAAGACGUUUGUGUCCAUCGCCACGCUCAACCAGCACAUCGCCAAGCACACAGGAAACAGUCUGUUCGUAUGUGACGUCUGUGGAAAGGCCUUCACCAACCUGUCCGCCCUCAACCUGCAUCGCUGGGUCCACGUGGAAAAGAAGCCUCACAAGUGUGAAGUCUGUCUGAAGACGUUCGGGGUGUUGUCGCAGCUGACGGCGCACAGGAAGGCGCACGACAGCGGAGACAAGUACCACUGCGACAUCUGCAGCAAGUCUUUCAAUCUGCGCCGAUCUCUGACCCAGCACAGGCUGAUCCACUCGGGGGAGCGGCUCUACAGCUGCAAAGUCUGCCAGAAGCACUUUAAACUGGAGGGCACGCUAAGGGCGCACAUGGCAACCCACACGGUCAGAGACCGGGCUUUUCUCUGCCACGUCUGCUGCAAAACCUUCCUCUCCAGAACCACGCUGAUGGCCCACAUAAAGAUCCACAGCAGCAACCGGCCCUUCGUGUGCAGCGUGUGCAGCAAGAGCUUCGUGGCCAAGGCGGAGCUGAAGAAACACACGCGGAUCCACACCGGGGAGACGCCAUACGAGUGCAUGGACUGCGGGCGCUUCUUCAGACAAAAGGCCAACCUGGACAGCCACAUGAAGAUCCACUUAGGCAUCAGGCAGUUCGUCUGUUCCAUGUGUGGGAAGGAGUGUUCUCGGCGGGAACACCUGAAGGUCCACAUGAGGACCCACAACGGAGAGAGACCCUACAAGUGUCCCCUGUGUGACAAAACCUUCACCCAGAGCCACUGUCUGAAAACCCACGCCAAGAGUCACCAGACUGAAGAAGUCCCGGUCCUGGAUCCUCAGGAGACCCCCAUCCAACCGAGUCUUGAACCCUGUCAGCCUGAGAGCAAGUGACAGACUCGACGUUCACGUCCGAGUUAGUUUACGUCAUUAAGUCCGAGUUAGUUUACGUCAUUAAGUCCGAGUUAGUUUACGUCAUUAAUUCCGAGUUAGUUUACGUCAUUAAGUCCGAGUUAGUUUACGUCAUUAAGUUUGUCUUUUUAAAUUCAAAUUGUUCAAAUUUCAGUUUGUACCUGUAAUGUUGGAAAGGCUAAUUAAAGAUCAUAAUAUAAUCGGUCCGUAGGUUGGAUUCCUCCUGAAGGCCGAGGCACCGAGACUUUAAACAGAACCGUGCAUUCAACACAAUUCCUAAUAUUAGUUCAUUUUUACCUUCCUUCCAGCUCUACAACUAACCUCGUCUUUGGUUCCAGGUGACAUCGUGCUGUACUUGGCUAAACUUUUAUUAAAAUUAUGUUUUAAA